CUGAAGUGCAUUUGGUGAUCACAGGUCCUCCGUUAAUUCAAGAUGACCAAGCGCAAAGGAAAAACUACAACUAAACAGGAUGACGACAGUUUGCUACUCUUGGAGUCGUCUGUAGCACAACCGAGAGGAUUGAAAGAAUAUGCCGUUCCUGCCGUUGUUGUUUGUAUUUUCGCCUUUGUGGGAUUAACAGCUGUCUGGUUCUGCUGCCAGCAACAGCAAACCAUUGACAGUCUAACAGAGACAGCCAAUGCGAUGCAACUCAGGAUAACCAAGUUUCAACAGCAAUUGGGGAUGGGUAAUGCACAGAUCACCAAUGUGGGUGUAUUUGAGGAGCGUCUGCAAGCACUGGAAGAGGCCUACACGCAGGCCCAAAUGAAAGCAGAGGUCACCCUGGCCACCUCUGAAAAAAUCCAAUCUACGGAUCUUUCCAGCCAGCUCUGGUCUCUGCAGUCUGAGAUGAAUGCCAAACUUUCUAAACUGCAACAGACAACUGUUUCCACUGCCACUGUGAAUGCCGUGGUCAAGAAUAAGACUAAUGAACUUGAGAAACUGAAGCAGAGGCUUGAUUCUACCCUUAAUGCAAACUCUGAAGUAGCGGUCAGCAUUUCUGGGCUCACAGACACUGUUUUGGUCACCAAAUCAUGUCUCGAUGAGCAGAUGUCCACUGUGGAGGGUAUCACAUCUCAGUUGGAAGAACAGAGAAUGGAACUUGCAGUCCUGAAGGAAUCUUUUGCCAGCAUCCAGAAUGCUCUUGAAAGAAACAGACAGGAAGUGUUGGACAUCAAGGAGCUGCUGGAGAUGGAACAAGCAAGAAGAGCACAAGCUCUUGAGGAGCAGCUCAUGUCUGUUCGCAGGAGUCUGGAGGACCAUCAGAAGAGCACUCAUAACCUUCACUCUCACCUCGCCGCCCAGCUUGUGAUCGUGCAGAGCCAGAUGUUAGCUCAAAGCCAGCAGCUUGAUUCUGUAGAGGAAGAGAUUUUAGAAGAGCAAGCAGCAACUGAGGAGGAUUUUCCCAUCAAGGCUGAAGAAAUUGAAGUAAACGAUAAAACCGUGAUGGAGGAGAGAGAAAUAACUGGGGAUGUUCAGGUCCAAGAAGAAUUUGUUGAGGAUCAAGUAGUAUCUGAGGAGGAAGGACCAGUUGGGGGGGUUCAGGUCCAGGUGGAAGUUGUUGAAGAGCAAGCCAAGAGGGAUGUAAUACCUGAGGAAGUUCUGCUCCAAAAAGAUGUUUUUGAGGAGGAAGCAGUGCCUAAGGGACUGCAGGUCAAGGAAGAAGUUGUUGCACAGCAACCAUCUAAAGAACUGUCUGAGAAGGUUCAAGUCCAGGGGGAAGAAGCAGUUGAAGAGCAAGCAUUAACUGAGGAGGAUGUAAUAUCUGAGGAUGUUCAGGUCAAGCAUGGAGAUGUUGCUGGGGAGGAAUCAGUAAGUAAAGAGGAUAAAAUAACUGAGAAAGUUCAGUUCCACUGGGAAGAAGCUCUUGAGGAGCGAACAGAAGGGGCCGAGAAGGACCUGACUUCUACAGAGGAAACAGAAAUCGAGGCUGAGGCUGCUAAGGAUGUCUCAGAUAAUCAGGUGGUUGGAGAUCUCUGCCAGGAAGAGACUCCGCAGGAAUCAUUUGAAGAAACGGUUGAAAAAAAUUGAGCAGCAGAUAGACUUGGAAGAAGUUGUAGAAGAUAUGCAAGACUCUGAGGAUGAAGAGGAAAAACCUGUUGAGGAGGUUGUGGAAGAGCUAGAUUAACAAGACAUUUCAGCAUAUGAAGUUGUUGGGAGGGCAACAGUGCAAAAUAAAAUACUUUUUUUGAGGACUUGAAGUUGUUGCCAUUUCCUCACAGAAUUAAGUGAAACAUGACUUCACAUUUGCUGUAAUGUUCCUCAGUCUUUGUACUGGAAGGUGAACUAUUGUCAAAUUUCUAGUGAUCUCUUGAAUGUUUAAUUGCUCUGUUUACACAAAUGUAAUGAGGGUUGAUGUUUUACUGGGUUACACAUUUAACAAAUUGUUGCAUUUUUUUCAUACAGUGGUUUGCCAGAUCAAUAACCUCAGGAGUGUCACUUGAAUUAAACUGCUUUUUAUGUUUUUACUACCUCCCUGUCCCAGCCUCUCUCUGCUAGUGUUUUUUGGUCUCCUGAAAUGGGACACGUGCUGUGUGUAUAUUUUCAGCUCUUAGGUCAGGGGCUCAGGAAUGUGGCACUGAUCUUGGGCAUUGGGGACAUGUGUGUCCCAUUUGUAACUAAAGUGCUGAUUGGAGCUCAUCAAAUCCCUGAAGAUGUGUACCUUGUGAACUUAUCCAUGUUAGCCAGAAGGGAACUGGCCCCCACAGUGAGCCUGGUUUCUCCCACGGUAAUUUUUCUCCAUUAACCAACAUCUUAAGGAGUUUUGUGUUUCUUGCCACAGUCGCCUUCAGCUUGCUCACUGUGUUUCUAAAUACAAUUAUUUAAUUACUUAUUUUUAAACACAAUUCACAAUCUUAUUUUAUCAAACUACACAAUGAUGACUCUUAAGACAUUAUAGAUAUUACAGUUUCAUUUUCUGUUAAUGCAUGAUUUUCUGUAAAACUGCUUUGAAACUAUGUCUGUUGUGAA